AUGCAGGUCGCGGAGAUCCUUUCUGAUUUGACCUCCUUACGGGCAUGUAAUCUCUUUGCACAGGGACAUGCAGAAGCCUUGACUCUCGUCAACGUCAACAAAGCGUUGAAACCAGGGACGGAAGGGGCAGCAGCAGGUGUGCAGGAUUCAGGCAAUGCGGAGCUCGAACGAGCCAAGGAGCUAGUUGAGCUCCAUUACGGAGUCAAAGUGAAGCAUAUGACGGGCCCUGGCUCCGAUCCCAUGGUUGAUGAAGGUUUACGUCGUGCUCGAGAUGAUGUGAAUCGCGUGUUGAGAGAAUUGAGUUAG